AUGCGGCUUCAUCACAAGCGCUUUUGCGGUCUCAACAGAGCCCGCAUCGAAAAGCUACUCGCAAUGCAGCCGACGCCACUGCAACUUCCAUUCGACGGUCCCAGGAGAACACGGCUGAGAAAACCGCACGUAACAGCGAAAGCUGCGGCAACGUCCAUUCGACGGUCCCAGGAAUCCAUGGCUGAGAAAACCGCACGCCAUGCAGCCGACGUCGCUGCGACUUCUGCUGUAAGGGCGUCGGAAAGUUCCGCGCAAAAGCGCACAAGGCGGCAACGCGAUUCAAUUUCAACUUCCGCUGCUAGAGCUGUAGAAGGACGUACUGAAAGGCUUGAAAGGUUACAGACUGUUAACCAGCGCCGCCAUGCAAAGCGAGGGCUCUGUAGCCCACUAAAGAAGUUUUGGUUUAAGCUGGCGUUCAACUAUGAGCCAGUUUUGAGGCUUUCCGGCCGCAAAGACCUCUAA